UCCAUUAUGGGAUCAAAUAGAUUUUGUUUAGUGUUUUUACUCAUAUCUUUAAGCUGUGUGGUUGACGGAGCGUCGAUACUUGCAUUGUUUUCGUCUUUAUCUUAUUCAGAUCAUUUGGUGUUCAGGGGAUAUGUCUCGUUGCUCGCGCAAAGUGGCCACUCCUUGGUUGUUAUGACACCUUAUCCAGGUCAGUUUAUGUACCCGGAUACGGAAAAUAUCGUGGAACUUGAUGUAGGACAAGAAUCGGCACCCUUUUGGGAUGAGUACAAGAAAUUGUUAACUAAUACUGAUGACUAUUACCCACAAUUAAGGGCUAUGAACGAACUAUCUCUUAAAAUUGCCAUUGCCCAGUUGAAGUCUAAGCAGAUGACUGCAUUGUUUAUUAAUCCUAACAUCAAAUUUGACCUGGUUAUAACUGAAGCUGAUGUGCCACUUCUAUACGCUGUGGCAGAUAAGUACAAGGUACCACACAUUUCUAUUACCACAUCGAAUGGAAAAAUACACCAGUACGAAGCAAAGGGCAAUCCAAUUCACCCGAUUUUAUAUCCAGACGUUAAUACGCUUAAUUAUGGAAACUUGAGUCGCUGGCAAAAAGUGAUUGAAUUUUAUCGACAUAUCCAGACCAAGAAUGAAUUUUAUAACAAUUACUUACCGCUUAGCGAGUUAGCGGCUAAGAAAAUCUUUGGACUGAAAAGAGACUUACAGCAAGUAGAAUAUGAUAUAGAUUUGCUAUUUAUUGCCAGUAAUCCUUUAUUAAUUGGUAAUAGACCAGUUGUUCCGGCUAUUACUUUUGUUGACCGCAUGCAUAUAACACCAGAUAUAAGUUUGCCACAGGUAUAAUGUCUGUUUUUAUAU